AUGGCAGUAAUUAGCAAACCCCACGUAGUUUGUGUUCCAUUCCCACUUCAAGGCCACAUUAUUCCAAUGCUCAAGUUUGCAAAACUACUUCAUUCCAAAGGCUUUCAUGUCACCUUCGUCAACACUGAGUUUAACCAUGACUGCAUUCUUGAUUCAAGAGGUCCUAAUUCGUUAAACGGCUUGCCUGAUUUCCGUUUUGCAACUAUACCUCUUCAGCACCCACCUUCCAAUUCUCACACUAGUUUAGCCUUGAAUUUGCAUGCCCUACGUCAGACUUGUCGAAAGGAUUUCUUGAGUUUGUUUCGUCAUCUUGUUGCUGAUCUCAACAACGACGGAUCCAAUCCUCGAAUUACAUGCAUGCUCUCGGAUGCUAUUUUGAAUUAUAGUCUGACUCUUUCUGAAGAGCUUCACAUUCCUAAUGUGUUGCUUUGGAAUAUGGGAGCUUCUGGAUUUAUGAGCUUUAAACAUUCUCGUGAUCAAAUCAAACAAUGUAUUGCUUUUCUCAAAGAUCCUAGUAGUGAAACAGGUAUGGAGAAGAAUUUGGAGAGCAUGAUGGAAUGGAUUCCAGGAAUGAAAGGAGCUAAACUGAGGGACCUUUCCAAGUUCAUCAAAACGAAAGAACAAGUAAACUCCGUCGAAGAUUCAACUGAAGGUGACAUCGGAAGAGCUUUGAAAGCAUCGGCUGUUAUAUUUCACACAUUUGAUGCUCUUGAAUCUGAAACUUUAAAAGACCUCUCUCUAUUCUUUAAAAAGGUAUUCAGCAUAGGUCCUCUACAAUUACUUCUGGACCAAAUUCCUGAAGAACAAUACAAUUCCAUAGAAUGCAAUCUGUGGAAUGAAGAGGCAGAAUGCAUCAAAUGGCUUCAUUCCAAAGAAGCCAAUUCGGUUAUUUACGUAAAUUUUGGAAGCACUACGGUUAUGACAGCUGAACAGGUAGUCGAGCUUGCUUGGGGACUUGCAAACAGUAACCAUAACUUCCUGUGGAUAACAAGGCCAGACUUAAUAAUGGGAGAAUCAGCAAUUCUGCCGCCUGAAUUCCUGGUUGAAACUAAAGAAAGAGGUUUUAUAGCAAGCUGGUGUCCGCAAGAGGAAAUUCUGAACCACCCAUCAACAGCGGGAUUCAUGACUCACUGCGGAUGGAAUUCAAUUCUGGAAACUAUCUCGUCAGGAACUCCCAUCAUCGGCUGGCCUUUCUUUGGAGAGCAUUUUGUUAACAGCAGAAAAAGCUGCAAUGAAUGGGGAAUUGGUACGGAAUUGGGCACCAAUUUUCAAAGAGAAGAUGUAGAGAAGCUUGUCAAGGAAUUGAUGGAGGAAGAGAAAGGGAAAAAGAUGAAGGAAAAGGCCAUGGAAUGGAAGAAAUUAGCAGAGGAGUGUGUGAAUAGUAAUGGGUCAUCUUCAUUCAACUUCAACAACCUCGUUAAUGAAGUGCUGCUGUCAAAGAAUUGAAUUGCCUACGAGAGGGUUCUUACUUUUGUUA